AUGGACGGCGAGGACACCCUAAAUCAUUAUCAGAAUGCAGUAGCAGGACCUUCAACGAUCACUCAAGACACCCCAGUCGUGUUUUUACCACCACCAGCUGCACAUCCUCCUCCACCAACGUCCCUUGCAAGCACGCAGGACCUUCUUGCGCGCUUUUACCUCCAUUCUGCUUAUGACAAGCAUGUCCGUCCAUCCCUUUCCCCGCUGCCACCAGCUUCUGCACUACCAUCUACACCGGCCGCCCUCCCUCUAGACAGUGAUGACAAGAUGAAAAAGAAUUCCUACCGAUUCCUCAUUAAGAGUGUUCCUGGGAAGCACUCGAUGAAGAAGGACGACUACCUUACCACAAUGAUGCAGGUUCCACCAAAGCAACGCAUACCAAUCACUGAGUUCGAUGUACGGACACAGAGGGAAGCGUUCACCGUUAGUGCGGAAGGCCUGAAAGGGUGGAGUACGAGCGCUUUGGUCCUGGAGUCUGCGCAGGCGAAGGAAGACAGGAGAAAACGGAAAGAGCUCAAAAAACUUGCACGUGCUCAAACACAAGGUCUUGUGCCGGGAGGCAUACCCGGCGCACCCGGUACGCUCCCCCCGCCACAGUUGUCACCAUCAAAUCCAAAUCAACCAUCCGCACAAUCGCCAGGAACAUCACAAGCACAACCCAUUCAUUCUAAGCCUCAUGUUCCUGCUGUAUCGAUACCGCCCCCUGCAGUGUCAGCUCGGAUAACUACGCCGACGAGCGCUGCGCCACGAUCAGCUGUGUCGAGCAGUGCUGCACCACAGCGGACAGAUACGUCCGCCCCCGGUGCUAUGAGAGGCAAGAAGCGUGAACUCGAGGAUGGCGCUGCGCCACCAUCGACCUCGAGUACGAACGGUGGGAAUUUGUCUGUAGGUGUGGUCGGAGUCCGCGCGGGUUCGAAUGGAGUCCGUCCAAGACCGGUUAAAAGGCCAAGGAUGGACAUUCAAGGACAGGCGAGAGAAAUGCCGAUGCAGCAGCCUACGCCGCAGGGUGCAUGAUGCUUCGAGUCUUGUAACUGCCUUAUCAGUAUCCCACGCUACUCUCCUAUCUCGACGGACGUAGCUGU